ACUUAGAAGCGGUGACGAAACAUUUCUCCGCAUCCAUAUCGUGGCAAGUUGUUAGCGCCCUCAACCCUGUUUCUCGCGAAGGCUCCCCAGAGACGCUUGAAGAUGUUCGCCAAUCGGUAAAAGAACAAGAGUACAGCCCGAUGACUCCCGAUGACUCGUCGCGUCGAACCUGCUAGGGGCAAAGAACAGAAGAAUGAGAACGAGAGGGGAGGACGAGCCCGUUAUAAGCUCGAGCAGCGGCCAUUCAGCAGCUUAGCAACUUAGUGUCGGACCCAGGAUCCCUACGAGUAACUGCACCCCAAGAUAUCGUGCUCAGCCCAAGGUUUACGCGUUCUUCUUCUUGCUGUGAUUACACCCCAGAUCGGACUACGACAGACGACGACACAUGUCGUCGGUCACGAUGGUGCUAGUGCUCGUUGUGCAGACGGUCAUGGUGAUCUUCGCGAUCGCCGACGUGACCUGCGCUGAUCCUGCGGCCAGAUCUAUAAUCCUUGACCCCGCGAGCGACGAGACCUGGGCAAACGAAGAUGACUCGGUGAUCAUUGAUGCUGGCGGCGCUUCAAAUGUACGAUUCGAAUCGAGGGACAGCCGUGGUAUCCUCUGGAACGGAAUUUCGUCACGCGAGUCCUGCCUGACGUCGAAGGGCGAGGUUGGUCGUUGCACCAGCUUCAAAGAGUGCUAUCCAUAUUUCAAAAUCCCUGAUCUGAGCGCCCUGGACGGUUGGGUCCUCGGAGUUUACGACACCUGCAGCUACGUCCGAGAGUCUGGUCAGACGAGCUUUGGAAUUUGCUGCUCCAACGUACUUCCAGUUGUUACGCCACCUUCGGACAACGACGAUGAGACCAGUGUAGAAGAUGUUCAGGAAACGGAUAAGGGCGAAAAGAAAGACCCUGUAACCGUGAAACCAAAGCCACAGGAUUCCUGGCCACCGCAAAUACAAGGUUCCUGGCCACCACAGAUACCGACGCAUCCACCUGACCACACCGUGCCACCGUUACCCACCCAUCCACCGUAUCACGAAUUCGUGACGAUCUCCACGUUGAAACCAGUUUCCACCACGAAAAAACCCACCUAUGGAACCACCUGGCCGACCAAGAAACCUGGCUGGUGGCCUGGUGCACCGACGACGUCGUCCACAACCCAAAGAUCCACCACAGGGGGAUUUCCUAGCGCGGUCUCGUCUCAAUGUGGAGCGAAGAACGGUAUUCAAGACCAGGAACGCAUUGUAGGUGGUCAGAAUGCUGACCCUGGCGAGUGGCCUUGGAUCGCGGCGCUCUUCAACUCUGGUCGGCAAUUCUGCGGCGGGUCGCUCAUCGACGAUAAACACAUUCUCACCGCAGCUCAUUGCGUUGCCAACAUGAAUCCGUGGGACGUGGCGAGGUUGACGGUUCGUCUCGGCGACUACAACAUCAAGACCAACACAGAGAUCAAACACAUCGAACGACGAGUGAAACGAAUAGUCAGACACAGAGGAUUCAAUCUGCGUACCCUCUACAACGACAUCGCUCUCCUGACCCUCAGCGAACCCGUACCGUUCACGGCUCAAAUACGACCCAUUUGCUUGCCAAGUGGUUCCCAGCUGUACUCUGGAAAAACUGCUACCGUUAUCGGUUGGGGAUCCUUGAGAGAGAGUGGCCCGCAACCCGCGAUACUUCAAGAGGUUUCGGUACCAGUCUGGACCAACUCCGAAUGUAAACAGAAAUAUGGUGCAGCAGCGCCCGGCGGUAUCGUGGACAGCUUCUUGUGUGCAGGACGGGUUGCAAAAGAUUCUUGUUCGGGUGACAGCGGUGGUCCCCUGAUGGUCAACGAUGGACGCUGGACGCAAGUGGGUGUCGUCAGCUGGGGUAUCGGAUGCGGCAAAGGCCAGUAUCCAGGCGUUUAUACGAGAGUAACGCAUUUCCUGCCCUGGAUCAACAAGAAUCUGAAGUAGAAACGAGCAUGUUAAAGGAGAUGCAUACUCCUUUCGCUCGUUAAAGUAUUUCGUUUUGGUCGAUAUCAUUCUCACCGUCAUCCAACAACGCGAUACAUCAUCAUGUAGGAUAACGAGUCCUUGUACAUGCGUAACGCUACAUUCG